GCUGACGUGUGAGGGGCGACUGACAGUUUGUCCAGCCAGUACAGGCGUUUGUUGAUGGCUGGAGCCCGCGGCUGAAGUUUGCCUCAUUGGCCCGUGUUUGUUAGACUUCCUCCGGGGGAGCCUCGGAGAGAAUCGGCACGUCCUCCAGCGCGUCGCCCGCCUUUUUCCUUCGUCCCGCUGGAGGUUUUUAAGGGAAUUGUGUCGAGUUAAAUCAAGGUGAACGUGGCUCAUGCUACAGUAGCACAAUGCUCGCUGGUGUUCACGCUCACUGAGCGGGGAGGACGUGUGAGGACGUGUGUUGCGAAGCUUUUGUUAGUGGUUUCUAACCGACAGCUGCAGCAUGGCAGGCGACACCGUGGUCUGGAGGAGUCUUAAGUGGGUAAAGCAGGCGGCCUGCAGAGCCCCACCAGGCGGCCUAACUGGCACCGGGAACCAGAGGCUGGUAAACUUUCAUCACACCACUGGAACGGCAAGGGAGAACGAGAAAGUCUGCGUCUACAGAGGCACAACAUUUCACAGAUACUCCACUAUGGCUGCUUGCUUCAGUACAAGCUUAACAGGAAGUGCAAAUGUGCAUCGGAGGACCUGCAGUGCAAGAUGUGAUAAAGGUCUGAGGUACCACAAAGACUGGUCAAGUCGGCUGUUCUCUGGACAUACGAGGCUAUUUAACCAGGACAACACCACAGUGGGGCGGCUGACAUCGGAGGAUAUCGAUAAAGCAAGAAGUAACAAGAAAAGGGACUUUAAGCAGCAUACGCAAGUGCUUAGUGAAAAAGCUCGAGAGAAGAAGGUACCCGUCACACGGAUAGGAAGGCUGGUAAACUUUGGAGGUCUGGCAGUUGGACUUGGCAUCGGAGCAAUCGCAGAAGUGGUCAAGAAGAGUUUAAAACCCAAAGAACAAGGUAACAAAAAGGCUAUAAUGGAUUCGAAUGCUUUCCUCUCUGAAGCCAAUGCUCAAAGAAUUGUCCGGACGCUUUGCAAAGUUCGAGGCGCUGCUCUAAAAAUUGGACAGAUGCUCAGUAUUCAAGAUGACGCCUUUAUCAACCCUCAGCUGGCUAAAAUCUUUGAGCGAGUUCGACAGAGUGCAGACUUCAUGCCUACUAAGCAGAUGAUGAAAGUUAUUUACAAUGAUCUCGGCCCAAACUGGAGGGACAAACUGGAAUACUUCGAGGAGAGGCCGUUCGCAGCCGCGUCCAUUGGUCAAGUCCAUUUAGCAAAGAUGAAGGAUGGCAGGGAGGUAGCUAUGAAAAUUCAGUACCCUGGAAUAGCAAAGAGUAUCGAGAGUGACGUGAAUAAUAUCAUGACUGCUCUGAGGUUAAGCAACGCACUGCCUGAAGGUUUGUUUCCUGAGCAUCUCAUUGAGGUCAUGAGCCGAGAGCUGGCGCUGGAAUGUGAUUAUAUAAGGGAAGCAAAUUGUGCCAGAAAAUUUAGCGAGCUGCUGAAGGAUCACCCCUUCUUCUGUGUGCCUGAUGUGAUAGACGAGCUAAGCAAUAAGCAGGUUCUCACCACAACACUGGUGCCUGGUUUCCCGCUGGACAAGGCCACACACCUCCCUCAGGACCUCAGGAAUGAGAUUUGUGAGCAGAUCCUUAUUUUAUGCCUGAGGGAGCUUUUUGAGUUCAGAUACAUGCAAACCGAUCCGAACUGGUCCAACUUCUUCUUUGAUCCACAAACUCAUAAGGUUGCGCUGCUGGAUUUUGGAGCUACUCGAGGAUUUAACAAGAGUUUUACUGAUACCUACAUUGAGAUUAUAAAAGCGGCUGCAGAUCAGGACAGAGAAGGUGUCCUACUGAAAUCCAGAGAAAUGAAGUUCCUCACAGGAUACGAGUCAAAGGCGAUGGAGAACGCCCACGUGGAUGCGGUGAUGAUCCUCGGGGAGGCCUUCAACUCAGAAAAGCCCUUUGACUUUGGAAUGCAGAGCACAACCGAGCGCAUCCACAACCUCAUCCCAGUGAUGCUGAAAGAGCGUCUCACGCCACCGCCCGAGGAAACCUACUCCCUCCACAGAAAAAUGGGCGGCUCCUUUCUCAUUUGCUCGAAACUCCAAGCUAAAAUCGCCUGCAAGAACAUGUUCCAGGAGGCCUACAGAAACUACUGGAAAGAUGGAGAACCCAAGUCCACACAUUGAAGACUGCUUUUCCAGAAAGUGUGUUGAAACCAGGAAUUUUUGUCAUGCUGAACAAUUCUUAUCUGCAAAUUUUUGGGCUCAUCGGGCCAGAAAGGGUUUUGUUAUGUGAUAUACUAAUAACUACCUAGAUUUGUUGGUUUUUUACUGUUUGUUAAACUAAACUGUUACAGUACAUAUAAAAAAAAAUGCAUAUUGGAAUAAUCUCUACCUAUUAGGAAUUUCAUAUCUUUGUUUAACAUGUAAUUGCUUGCUUUGACCUGGACUUCAAUCCAGACUAACUCUUGCUAUACCGUCCUUAAUAAUGUCUCUUUUGUAUGUAUUGUUUGAAAAAUUUGUACCUCAUAAUUAUGUGCCUGUAUGAUCUGAGGGAGUGUACUUCAUCUGACCAGGAUUGUCAGUUGAAAUAAAUUGAAACUGAUGCUGCAAAAAACAAACCAAAUCUGUUCUAGCGAGCACCGGAGAUCUAUUGAGUGAAGCAAAAUGCAGACAGAAGUAAAGAAAAGGGUGAAAAAAAUGAAGAUUCAUAUGAAAAAAAUAUUUUAAUUCACAAGAAAAAAAUUCAAGUUUAGAAUUUUAUAACUGCAGAAUGUCUUAGUGACAGAUGUGUGUGAUGAAAGGAGAUUCAAACGUCACACAAAGGUGGUGUUGACACGGCUAAUGUUACAAAUCUGAAACAGUGUUACUUCAAAAGCCAAUUAUUGUGCCAACUUUAUAAUCCAAUUCCCAAAUGAGAUACUAAAAAGGUUGUGUAUAUAUUGAUAAAUUGGAAACUUUGCAUAUUAACUAUAUUAAAAAAUUAAGAAUGUCCACCAAGUCAUAGCUACACUGUCCAAAAACUGUGCAUGUGUUCAGCAAACCUUUAGUACACACGUCAGGUUUGACAUUUUAAAUGGACAAAAGUGUAAUUUUUUCCCACGGCUCUUAUAGAUCUAAAAUUAAUGCAUCAAAUUUAUUUUGGCAAGUUGUGAAAAACCUGAAAUCUAAAACUAUUUAGAAAUAUUCAGAUCUCUUGGGUGGUUCGUUGUUAAAGCACAUCCUGUUUGCUUAAUAAUCUAUGACUGAGUACACCUGUGUUAAAAUGAAUGCAAUGGAAUUGAUCUGUGUAUACAAUUCAACCUGCAUGUCAGGACAAACACCCAGCCAUCUUUUUACAGCAGAUUAUCUAUCUCAUUAGCCAAGCUGACCCACCCAUGUAACUAGUGCAAAAGAAGCUCCAGUUAUAAGCUCAAAAAACAUUUUUCCAAAAGAAAAACAACUUUGUCAAUUUUUGGGGAAAUAAAAGCAAAAUGUAUAACUUUACAUUUGCCGGAUAACUGUACAUUAUCACAUUUAUCUGCUCUCAUAGGAGUCAUUCUUUAAAAUCUGUUGCAGAAGCGGUACCAAGCCACAAAUGUUCAGCUGUACCAUUAGCUGGUCAGUCCCAAAUAUGAAGCUGUUAAAUGGGAGCACCCAGUGCCUUUAUUUUUGCAGUCACCAGUCUCUGUUCGGUCAACUUUAAACCUCUACACUGCUGCCUGAAAUCCUGCAGCUCUCUACUUGAAUUGUGAUGCUGGUAAAACCAAACUUGGAGCGCAGGACCCUUGUUGCUUUCCUGAGGAUGAUCUGCGAAUCAGCAUCUUCCUCUGGAAAAAAACAAACAAAUAAAUACAAUGACUUGAUUUUAUCGUCAGUGCUCUUCCUCUUCAUUUUAUUGUUGAUGCUAGAAUUUUGCUUGUACUCAGAAGUUCAUGGAAGUAAAUAAAACUUCAGCCCCAAAGACAA